UUCCUUUCUUCCUUGCGUGUUUCUUCGCAGUGGACCUGUCAAAAAGCCACAUUCGGUGAUUACACAGCGGAGUGCAGCAAUUUUUCUUGAAUUUUUGUAAAAGUUUAUUUCGGCAUUGAAACACCACUUUUGCGCUGCACUGGUUUGGUUCAGUUCCGAUUCUGUUGCAACUUUUGCAGAAAAUCAAUACCACCGGCAACGAAGAGAAGUUAAGUUUGUGAAAAGCCAUUCCGGAUCAACUCGCGAGAGGGAAGUCAAGUUCUGUCUGCUUUCUUUGCUGGUGGAGGAAAAUGUCUACAGCAGCAGCAGCCGUAAAGCCGGACGAUGGUGUAACCGGAGGGAAUCCGCCUGCGAACGUGGAAACGCCGCCGGAAGCUGCCAAUCAUGUCAAUGACGCGAAUAAGGCCAAGGCAGAAGAACUCAAGAGUCAGGCCAACGAGCACUUCAAAAACAAGGACAACGACAAGGCCAUCCAGUUGUACACGGAAGCGAUAGAGCUGGACGGUUCCAAUGCGAUCCUCUACGCGAAUCGUAGCUUUGCCUACCUCCGACAGGAAGCGUUCGGGUACGCCCUUAACGAUGCCGUCCAGGCGAUCAAGUGCAACCCGAACUACCUGAAAGGCUACUACCGGAGAGCAGGGGCCCACAUGGCCCUAGGGAAGUACAAACUGGCCCUGGCAGAUCUGGAGCUGGUGGCGAAGCGGUGUCCCAACGACAAAGACGCUCAGCUGAAGUACACGGAGUGCAACAAGAUCGUCAAGAAGAUGGCCUUCGAGCGGGCGAUCGCCGUGGACAAGCAGGAGAAGAGUCUACUCGAGAUGUGUCGCGACCUGGAGUCGGCAACAAUCGAAUCGGACUACGAAGGGCCUAAACUGGAAGAGGGCAAAGUUACGCUAGAGUUCAUGAAGCACCUAAUGGAGUGGUACAAAAAUGAGAAGAAGCUUCACAAAAACUUUGCUUAUAGGAUCCUCUGCGACGUGGAGGCCCUGUUCAAGAAGCAACCCUCGCUGGUGGACAUCACCGUGCCGGACGAGUGCAAAUUCACCGUUUGUGGCGACAUCCACGGUCAGUUCUACGAUUUGCUCAACAUUUUCGAAAUCAACGGACUGCCCUCGGAGACCAAUCCAUAUCUGUUCAAUGGGGACUUUGUCGAUCGGGGUUCGUUCUCGGUGGAGUGCAUAUUCACCCUGUUCGGGUUCAAGCUGCUGUAUCCGAAUCAUUUCUUCCUGUCGCGAGGCAACCACGAGAGCGUCAACAUGAACCAAAUGUACGGCUUCACCGGUGAGGUCGUGGCCAAGUAUUCCCAGACCAUGUCGGAGAUGUUCACGAUCGUGUACAACUGGCUUCCGCUGUGCCACUGCAUCAAUCAGAAGGUGCUGGUCAUGCACGGUGGUCUCUUCUCGACGUCUGGAGUGUCGCUGGACGAUCUCCGUGCGAUCGACCGGAACCGACAGCCGCCGGAGCAGGGCCUCAUGUGCGAACUGUUGUGGUCGGACCCGCAGCCGCAGAAUGGGCUGGCCCCAUCGAAGCGCGGCGUCGGCGUCCAUUUCGGGCCGGACGUGACGAAGGAAUUCCUAGAGCAUAACAAAUUGGACUACAUCAUCCGGAGUCACGAGGUGAAGGACGACGGAUACGAGGUGGCCCACGACGGCAAGUGCAUCACGGUGUUCUCGGCACCCAACUACUGUGACACCAUGGGUAACUUAGGAGCGUUCAUCAACAUGAAAGGCAACGAUCUGACGCCCCAGUACAAAACCUAUGCCGCUGUUCCACACCCCAAAGUCAAACCAAUGGCCUACGCCAGCUCACUAAGUUUUCUAGCGUAGUACCUAGGCCCAACGGAUACUGCCAACAACACACUGUUUCCUAGUAGUAAGUGGAAGCGAUCGGCGGGGAUGAUUUGACUAGCAGCACCCAGCAUGAACCCUUAUUAUUGUCCCGGUCUGGGGCUGAACGCUACCGGAAGCGUUUCUGUUGUUCUGGUGAUUUCUAUCGGAACAACCACACUUAGCUAUUUCGUUGUUUAGACAUUCUGUUAGAAAUUGUAGAGGUAGGUAUCACUUUUAAACAAUUGUAUUUUUUUUUUCUUUUAACUGAUCCCAGUACAACAAGGCGAAGAACAUUGAGUUCAGUGAAAUUAUACUGCAUUUUGUGUAGUUACAUCGUUUUACAGUUUUUAGAACAACAUUGUGUGAUUCAAGUGUUGGAAGGAUGGGAAUUGAUUUUUUUUAUUUAAAACUUCAAACAUGUUCUCAAACAUACACAAAUAAAACAAACGAAGCAGUUGUUAAACUCUAGACUGUUAGAUUAAAAAGUAACAUCUUACAGAUGAUAA